AUGGCUACGGGGCGGUUUCCUACUUACGAAUCAUCGACUAUGAAGGCAUGGCACAAGGUUCCUUUGUCCUUGACUCUAGGCGCUGCUGUGGUCGCAAUGAAACUUAACUGCCUUAUUCGCAAAGAGCUCGAGUAUCACAUAGACGACACCAUCCUCUGGACGGACUCCGCCGUAGUUUUACAGUACAUUCGCAACGAGUCCAGAAGAUUUCAGACGUUUGCCGCCAAUAGAGUGGCCAUGAUCCAUGACGAAUCAACGCCCCAACAGUGGAGACAUGUCAACACCGGCUCCAACCCUACUGAUGUUGCCCCUAGAGGAGCAAAGGGGGCAGAGCUGAAAGAACGAAGAUUCUUGGUCAAACAACCCUUGACCUUGCCUGAUUUGUCCGGACGACCACGAAUUAAAGAAACCGACAGUUCUAAGGAGCAACACAACGUCCCCAGAGGACCCCUUACCUUACUAGAAGUUACUGGAGCCGAGAAUGACAUCGUCAAAUUGGUACAGAACGAUGCCUUCCCGAGAGAAGUAGCUGUGUUUGACCAGACAGCAUCAGGAUUCAGGAUAAAGAGCGUGCCACGUACUAGCCUGAUUCGCGAUUUAAACCCUUACCUGACGGAGGGCAUACUAAGAGUAGGAGGACGCCUCGAGAAUGCUCCAGUCUCCUUUGAAGCUAAGCGCCCCAUUAUUCUGCUAAGCAAACAUCACGUCACCAAUUUGUUUAUCUUAAAUUUUCAUCAGCAACAGGGGCAUUCGGGUCCUGCUCACGUCCUGGCUGCCAUUAGACAUAAAUAUUGGAUAGUGCGGGAACUUUCAGCGGUACGUAAGGAACAAGCGAAGUGCAUGAAUUGUCGCGAACGGAACACCCGUCCUGGUGAACAGAUAAUGACCCCACUACCUGCGACAAGAGUUGCUCCAUUUGAUCCACCGUCCACACAAGUGGCCAUGGACUACUUUGGCCCCUUGUUCAUGAAGCAAGGACGACGUGAAGUGAAACGAUAUGGCUGUUUAUUCACAUGCCUAACCAUGAGGGCAGUGCAAAUUGAGGUUACACAUACGUUAGAAGCAGACUCCUUCAUCUGCGCGUAUCAGCGUUUUGUCAGUCGAAUAGGAAAGUCUCAGGCGAUAUACAGCGACAAUGGCACCAACUUUACUGGCGCGGAAUGA